CUGUGUUUUGAGGGUGGGCCAAUGUAUUCUGUUGUUAAUUAGGGUUAUAUUAGAGGGGAGGAGGAAAAAAAAUCCAAUUUUGCAUGUUCAAAAUUAUUAAAAAAAAAAAAAAAAGUAAUAAGAAGAAGAAAAGAAAGAAGGAAAAAAAAAAAAAAAAAAAAGGAAACAAAAAAGAAGAAGAUGAAGAACAAGGGGGAAAAAAAAGGAAACAAGAAAGAAAUUCUCAAAAAUUUUCAGUGGAAAAAAUGAUUAAAAGAACAUUUGGAACUGAAAAGAAAGCAUGAAUGGAAAAAAAGAUGGAAAAAUAAUUGAAUUGUGGAAGAGGCAUUAAAUUGAGUGGUAAUUCAAACUACUUUAUUUAUAAGAAAGAAGUGGAGUAUAAGUAUUUGAGCUUUUGUUGGCCAAAUGUAUUCCUGGUGAUCACUGUGGUUGAUUGAAGUAGAAUGUGAUUUAAGAUGCUUCAUCUUCAGUACUCAAGAGCCCAACAGCAUAGUCUUCAGAGAGCAGAGGAAAGUUUUGGACAUGAAAUUCUAGUUGCAGAGCCUCUCUGUGGUUGGAAAUGAUGAUCGUUCCUCGAGUAUGUGUGCUCAUUUAGCAUGAGGCAAGGGGUUGACUAUGCAUGCACUCCUGAAGAAGUGCAGCAACAUUUCCAAUCAUGUGGUACUGUUAAUAGAGUGACUAUACUGACAGAUAAGUUUGGCCAACCAAAGGGUUUUGCAUAUGUUGAAUUUGUAGAGACAGAAGCUGUACAAGAGGCUCUCCUUCUGAAUGAAUCUGAGUUGCAUGGCCGGCAAUUGAAGGUUUUGCCUAAAAGGACAAAUGUUCCUGGGAUGAAGCAGUACCGACCUAGACGUUUCAAUCCGUACAUGGGUUACCGCAUAAGGAGGCCAUAUGUGCCCCCUUACAUCUACUCUCCUUAUGGGUAUGGGAAGGUUCCCAGGUUCAGAAGGCCAACCCGAUACAUGCCCUACUACUAGAAGAACACUAUGUUAUCUCGGUUGUAGCGUAUACUUAUGGUUGGAUGGAUGUACCUUCCUCAUUUCAGACCUUCAUUAUAUAUUAAGGGCGGCAUAGAAGAGUUUAAGUACUGAGAUUUUACUUUGCGUCGAAUUUCUAGACAUAUAUAUAUAUAUAUAUCAAGCAAUUAUUGUUGGUCUCUCCUUUGUGUGCACUUGAAGUUGACUAAUAAAAUUGACUUUUUGAUGAAUAA